UAGUGUAAAUUCCGCUGUGGUACUAAUUUUGUAGAGACAUACGAUAUGCGACGGUUCCAGAAGUCAUACGAACUAUACGACUACAACCUCAUGUUGAUUCGAAGGCUGGCUGAUAUCUGUGGUUUGGAUAUUAUGGCUCAAAACUACAAAUUCAACUUACGUUUUCUCGUUGUAUCGAUUUUGGUUUUGAUCACUGCUGCUAGUUUGUUGUACAGUUGCGUGUUUUAUUUCCAAAAUUGGUAUAAAAUGUUGGAAAUCGCGAUAUUGCUUGCCCUUGUCAUGCAGGCCCUAGUAAAAAUGUACAUAGCAUUUAUUCAUCGACACUUCUACGAAACUAUGUACCGUCGUCUGAGAGAUUUCCAUUACAAAUUCCGCAACCAUAAAAAUCACGAACAACUUUACAAAACAAUGGAAAAGAUACAUUUGACUAUUAAGCUGUUUCUCGCGUUGUACAUCUUCACCGGAUUUAGCUUUUCCGUACACCCACUGUACCUUUAUUUAACUGAACGGAGAAGAGAGCUUCUGGUCUGCAUAAGAUUACCUUGGGUCGAUGUGGAUUCGUUGGGCGGAUACGUCGUAACAAUGUGUUUUCAGUCGUCCAUAUUGGCGCUCUUCGUGAUCGGCUUUACCGCAUCGGAUUCAGUUAUUUUGCUAUUUGUGUGCAGUUUGAUCGCCUUUGUCGAUAUUUUCAAAUACAAUUUGAUGGAAUUGACAAACAUGCUGAACGAGUUCAAUCCUGACAAACCUACGAUACGGAAAAAAGUUCGACAGAUUGUUAUGCAACAGUUGGACAUAAUACAAUAUGAGUCAGACCUUGACGAGCGAUAUUUUGUAUCGUACUUCAUCCAAAUAUUCUCAGGAGUCAUGGGGAUAAGUAUAACGUUGUUCUUGAUCUAUAGGGCAGAUUUUAUUCCAGGGUGUGCGCUGAUGUUGUCGCUGUUUGGUCAGCUACUCGAAAUGUGUCUGCUUGGAACGAUAUUCUCAGUUAAGAACGAGGAAAUCACCGAAGCAAUUUAUGAAACCAGUUGGUACUUGAUGGAGACGCCAGAGCAGAAAACUAUAUCGCUAAUGCUCCACAAAAGCCAACAUUAUGUGGAGAUGACGAUAGGAGGAUUGCAACCGAUGAAUGUCGAAACUUUCGUUGCGGUAUGUGUACUAGUUGCUUAAUGGAUGUACUU